AUGAUGGUUUUGUUCGUGAUAGCUGCACUCCAUCUCGCUUAUACUCGAGAGUUUCUGUCGACUUUUCGAGCAUACGAGUCUUUAGCUAACCAGGUGGAAUUUCGAGCGUCUCCGGGCAGCGACAGUCAAGCGGACAUCAAUUUGGUGCGAUUCGUGAUGAUUGCUUUUGUUGAUUACAAGAAGAACCUGUGGAUGACUGUCGGUGCGAUGUGCGCAUCGCUAUCAACCAGUGCCAUCAUCUUGUUCUUCUACAAUUCAUACUGGAAUCAAAUGAGUCGAGUAACGAAGACCGUGUACAAGAAGAACCUGUGGAUGACUGUCGGUGCGAUGUGCGCAUCGCUAUCAACCAGUGCCAUCAUCUUGUUCUUCUACAAUUCAUACUGGAAUCAAAUGAGUCGAGUAACGAAGACCGUGGUAUAUGUGGUGGAUAUGGUAGCGCUACUAUCUCUCCCAUUCCUUCUUGGUGCUCGUCUGCUGAUCGCCACGAACUUGACCACCUACAUCGAGCCAUCCCUUCACGCAGCCUCCCGCCUCGUCUCCACCAGUGGCUUCAUGAAUGAACUGAUGUGCUCAAUAAUCGCUCGUGAAUCGCUCCCGCUGUGCAGUGUCGUCUUGGAGCGCUCCAUCUUUCCCGUACUCAUUCUGAAGUACCUGAUUGUAUUGUGCGUACUGACAGCAGCUUACAUUAUGCUUGCCUACCUUAUCGAGUACUGUAUCAGACACUGGUUUCCACCAUCCGAUCGUGAUGAGGUGAUGCAGCGUGCUCGUAUUUUGGUUGAAACCGCUUGA